AUGGGGGUCUUCCGUCUGCUCUUCCAGACCGCAGGGGAAAAGAGGUUCAGCCCCCAUCGCCCCGCACGGCGGUUACGAGGGAGUUUAUCCCUUACUUCUCCCUGCUCCAUCUGCACAGGAAGAGGGGGUGAGUGUCGGUCUGAGGGGUGUCAGCGGGCUCGAGGGGCGUCCGGGCACGGGGAAAGGGCUGUGCCCUGCCCCCCUCCCAUUCCCGGCCUGGGACUCUUUCGCUCCCGCCCCCCCUCGCUCCUAAGCGGGAGUUUCCAGGAAGCGCUGAGGAGAGCCGCAGUACCGCACAGCCUCUCGCUCAAGCGCGCUCCUUCCGCCGAGGCCGUGGCAGGAACGCCAAGUAGUCCCAACCGCCUCUUCUCCGCCACUCAGCAAAAGGCUCCGUCCCAGAGUCCCUGUAGCCGGGACCCCGUUACAGGAACAGGGCUCUCCCUCCCUCAUGGCCGGAGUGGAAAAGCACGUUUAAAUCCCGAGCUCGGCUUUCCCACGUGGUGUCUCGCUGAGCUGCUGUCACCGCCACGCCGCGCUCUCACGGGGCACCGGAGCUUCUCCCCUGCCCUGCCGGGAAGGCACAAGGAGGCAGCCUUCAUCGAGCGAGGAGAGCGAAUCUUGGCAAAAAGAGCACCGAAGGAUGUGAACCCCUUGGAAAAUUCCACUUCCUGCCCAGCACUGCGUGUCCUUGGGUCUCUCACUCAUUCCCAUGCACUUAACGAGGGAUUUCUGCCUCAGGCUACCACACCAACUUUCUAAAUAAAUGCCGCGCACACCCGAGCGCGGUGCUCUGCAGUUAAUCUCAGCCCAGCACCAGCUCUCUCUCCUCUCUUCCUACUUCCCUCCAUUUUAUUUCUCCGCUGGUUUUUC